AUGAUCGCCCCACAACCUAAAAAGCCUCUGCUACUGUACCUUAUCUCUACACCUCAGUCUAUUGGGGCUUUACUUGUCCAAGACAUAAAUGGUGUUGAGAAGCCAGUCUAUUACAUCAGUCACAAAGUCAAUGGUGUUAAAUCACGGUAUACCCCAAUUAAGAGGCAUUGUUUGGCCUUAAUCUUCACAGGGCAGAAGUUGCGCCACUAUUUUUUGGCACACCCAAUCCAAGUUGUGACCAAAAGUGAUCCAGCCCGCUACUUACUAAGCAAGCCCGCUCUGAAUGGAAGAAUGGAAAGAUGGCUCUUGGCUCUAGCAAAAUAUGACAACGAUUACAUUACCCCUAAGGCUAUUAAAAGCCAAGCGCUUGCAAACUUGCUAGCACAAUUCCCAUCUGGUGAACAUGAACCUGGAAAGGUACCUUUACCUGGUGAGGUCCAUAUCUCAGCAACUGCAGUUGAGACCUAUUGGGACAUAAAAUUUGAUAGAGCCUCUGGGGCUGGGAAAGGUGGAGCUGGCAUAACACUCACUAGUCAGGAGGGGAAGAAGUUUCAUUUAUCAUAUAAGCUUGACUUUGAAUGUUCAAACAAUGAAGUUAAAUAUAAGGUGCUGAUACUAGGUUUGAUUGCUGCCCAAAAGAAAGCCCUCUGCAAGCCAAAAAUUUGGGACGGCUCCAAAUUAGUUGUCAAGCAAACCCUGGGUGAUUUCGCAUUAAAGGAACCUCUUUUGGCCCCAUAUCGUACCAUUGUUCAGAAGUUGCUCACUCAGUUUGAUGAUGUCCAAAUCCAGUGUACCCCUCGAACACACAACCGUUUCCCUGAUGCCUUGGCUACACUAUGGGCAAAUGUGGAUAUACCAGAUGAUAGUAUAGCCAUCGUCAUCAAGAAAAGAAUAACACCAGAAGUGUUAGCCGAAGAACAUACAUAG